AUGUUGAGACAUCAAGCAAGUUCAUCUUGUUCAUCUGUGUUGUUGAAUCAACUUGCGAGAAGAUCAGUGCCAGCUUACUCCUCAUGGUUGGUCAAUGGCAGUGAUGCUUUGCAACAUCACAACAGCAUUGCCAAUGCCAAGAGACAUUACUUCAAAUCGACGAUGCCCUCCAGCUCACUGUUUGAUGUGUUCUCAAAGAUAAAGAACGUAAUCACAGGUCCAGAGUUCACUAACACCUACGCGACCAAGCAGAAGAAAGAAGACGUUAAGCCAACAACAAGGGAAGCACCAAAAGCACAAGAAGAUGCACCCAAAACAGCUGCUGACAGUGUCGAUCAAGAGAAGCAAGCAAAUGACGAUCUAGAGUUCAACAAGAUGUUGGAUGCUGGUAAAUACGACUUGAACGACUUUAGAAUAUACAUAGCAAAGUCAGUGGAGCCUGCUGUGAAGGCUGGACAGAUCACAGAUCAAGUGAAGGAGUUCCAAUCAUACAUCAAGAUACUUGAUGCAAUGACUGAUGAGGAGAGGGCCAAUCCCAAGAUCUUCCAAAAGUACGCCUUUAAGAUCAAGCAGAGGAUCAAUCAAGAUGCUGGAACAACGCCACAGCAGUUCACAGCCAUGUUCGACACGUUCAACAAUGCCAGACAGAUCUUUGAGGUCAUGUCCAGGUUCAAGAAGCAGGGUAAACCAAUCCCAAAGAAGGCCGUAGAGAUUCAAAAGUUCUUCAAGGACAACAAGGACGAUGUCAGGAAAGAGAUGGAGAAGAUCAGGAAAGAGAGAGCAAAGAUGUAA